CUUCAAAAACUGUUCAUCCCAAACUCGAAUAUUUGUCUCUCAUUAAAUCCGCAAAGAUGACUCGGUUUACUCAGUUCACGGUUUGUGCCCUGGCGCUGGUCGCCCCGGCAUUUGCUUCCUGUGACUACGGAACCCAUCUCUAUCCCCGAGAGCAUACCGUGCCCGUCAGCACUUUUGGCUACAACGACCUCAUCGGCCCUCUGAACUGGUACAGCCUCAACAAGACUGCCAACGAGCUCUGCGCCACCGGCCAGCACCAGUCGCCCAUUGUGCUGGACUCUUCCAUCGCCACGGCCCAUGGCGAUUCCAUCUCCUUCACCGUGGAGUCGUACCCUUUUGGAGCCGAGUUUGAGAACCUGGGCAGCACGGUUGAGGUGCCCGUCAACGGAACGCUCAAGGCCGGCGGCAAGGACUACAAGCUGGCGCAGUUUCACUUCCAUACUCCUAGCGAGCACCGGAUCGACUCUGAGUACCAUCCUAUGGAAAUACACUUUGUGUUUUCGACCCCUGACAAGUCUACUGCUGUUGUAUCUUUCCUGGUCGAUUUCGGUGUGCCCAACCUCCUGCUGUCCUCAGUCUUUCAGAACGUCAACGAGAUUGCCACGCCUGGUGAAACUACCCUGACUGGGCCUCUCCUGUUUGCCGCGCUGGAGAACCAUCUCAAAUCCAACGCCAUCUUCACCUACUCUGGCUCACUGACCACUCCUCCUUGCACUGAGGGCGUUGAUUGGUACAUCAGCGCCCAGCCUCUGCAGAUUGAUACGGCUACUUAUGGCAAAGUCAAGGACGUGAUCAAAUUCAACGCUCGGUAUACGCAGAAUAAGCUUGGCGGCGUGAAUCUGUUGCAGAACAUUGCGAAUGAGCUGAAAUAAGCUGUUGAGUUGAUGAGUCGCGUGUAUAAUAGUCACAAGUUUGUGUAUAUCUAUAUGUAUUGUAUAUGAGCGGGCCAGGUGAAUAGGUAUCUUUUUCUUCUUUGGGGUAUGAAAAUGAAAAUGAAGGAUGUAAAAUAUUUUGAUAAUAGAUAAAUUUGGUUAACGUGUUAUA